AUGUCGAAGGACCGAGGUCCACCUGGUCCACCUGGUCCACCCGGUCCACCUGGAAAAGGUAUUCGUGGUGAACCUGGUCCUCCAGGGCGUAUUGGUUCUCCUGGUAUUGCUGCACGGCAAGACACAGUUGGACAAAAAGGAGAGAAAGGAGAUGCAGGAAGCAAUGGUGAAAUUGGCCUAAAGGGAGAAAAGGGAGAUACUGGUGUGGGAACAACUGGUGAAAUGGGAAUUAAAGGGGAUAAGGGAGAUAUCGGAAUCAAGGGAGAUAUCGGAGUUGGAAACACCGGACCUAAGGGUGAUAAGGGAGAAUUUGGAUCUAAGGGGGAUACAGGUUUAACAGGUGAAAUCGGACCAAGGGGAGACAAAGGAGAUGUCGGAAUUAAGGGUGAAAUUGGAGUUGGAGAUCCCGGAACUAAGGGUGAUAAGGGAGAAUCAGGAUCAAAGGGAGACACAGGUUUAACUGGCGAACCCGGAGUAAAGGGUGAUAGCGGACCCAAAGGUGACAAGGGGGAUAUCGGUGUCAAGGGAGAUAUUGGAGUUGGAGAAGCCGGACCUAAGGGUGAUAAGGGGGAUAUGGGAUUAAAGGGAGAUGCUGGUUUAACUGGUGAAAUUGGAGUUAAGGGUGAUAGUGGGACUAAAGGUGAGAAAGGAGAAAUCGGAGUUGGGAAUACUGGUGAUGUUGGACCUAAGGGAGACAAAGGAGAUGUUGGAGUGAAGGGUGACAUUGGAAUUGGAGAACUUGGACCUAAGGGUGAUAAAGGAGAAUUGGGAUUAAAGGGAGACACAGGUUCAGUUGGUGAUAACGGAAUGAAGGGUGAUAGUGGACCCAAAGGUGAAAAGGGUGAAAUUGGAGUUGGAAACACUGGGGAUGUCGGACCUAAGGGGGAUAAAGGAGAUAUCGGUAUCAAAGGAGAAAUCGGAGUUGGAGACGCCGGGCCUAAGGGGGAUAAAGGAGAAUUGGGAUCAAAGGGAGAUACCGGUUUAAGUGGUGUUUCCGGUAAUAAGGGUGAAAGUGGAUCCAAAGGUGAGAAGGGAGAAAUUGGAGUGGGAAACACUGGUGAUGUUGGACCUAAGGGAGACAAAGGAGAUGUCGGAGUCAAGGGUGAAACCGGAAUAGGAGACCCUGGUCCUAAGGGUGAUAAGGGAGAAUUAGGGUCAAAGGGAGAUACAGGUUCAACUGGCGAUUCCGGGGUUAAGGGUGACAGUGGACCCAAAGGCGAUAAAGGAGAUAUUGGCAUGAAAGGAGAAAUCGGAGUUGGGGACGUCGGACCAAAGGGUGAUAAGGGAGAAUUAGGAUCAAAAGGAGAUACAGGCUUAACUGGAGAAACCGGAAAUAAGGGUGAUAGUGGACCCAAAGGCGAGAAGGGAGAAAUUGGUGUUGGAAACACUGGUGAUGUCGGACCUAAGGGAGACAAAGGAGAUGUCGGAGUAAAGGGUGAAAAUGGAAUUGGAGACCCCGGGCCCAAGGGUGAUAAGGGAGAAUUAGGUUCGAAGGGAGAUACAGGAUUAACUGGCGAUUCUGGAGUGAAGGGUGAUAUUGGACCCAAAGGUGACAAAGGAGAAAUCGGAGUUGGCAACACUGGAGAUGUUGGACCUAAAGGAGACAAAGGAGAUAUUGGAGUAAAGGGUGAAAUCGGAAUAGGAGACACUGGACCUAAGGGUGAUAAGGGUGAAUUGGGAUCAAAGGGAGAUACAGGUUCACCUGGAGAUACAGGAAUUAAGGGUGAUAGUGGACCCAAAGGUGAGAAAGGAGAAAUCGGCGUUGGAAACACUGGUGAUGUUGGACCUAAAGGAGACAAAGGAGAUCUUGGAGUUAAGGGGGAAAUCGGUAUAGGAGACGCUGGGCCUAAGGGUGAUAAGGGUGAAUUGGGUUCAAAGGGAGAUACAGGUUUAAUUGGCGAAUCCGGAGUAAAGGGUGAUAUUGGACCCAAAGGUGAUAAGGGAGAAAUUGGAGUUGGAAAUACUGGUGAUAUUGGACCUAAGGGGGAUAAGGGAGAUAUCGGUAUCAAAGGAGAUAUUGGAGUUGGUGACGCUGGACCAAAGGGUGAUAAGGGAGAAUUGGGAACAAAGGGAGAUACAGGUUCAACUGGUGAAAUCGGAAAUAAGGGGGACAGUGGACCCAAAGGUGAGAAGGGAGAAAUUGGCGUUGGAAACACUGGUGAUGUUGGACCUAAGGGAGACAAAGGAGAUGUUGGAGUCAAAGGUGAAAUCGGAAUUGGAGACCCUGGACCUAAGGGUGAUAAGGGAGAAUUGGGAUCGAAGGGAGAUACAGGUUUAACUGGGGAAUUUGGAGUAAAGGGUGAUAUUGGACCCAAAGGUGACAAGGGAGAAGUCGGAGUUGGAAACACUGGUGAUGUCGGACCUAAAGGAGAUAAGGGAGAUUUCGGUAUCAAAGGAGAAAUCGGAGUUGGAGACGCCGGACCUAAGGGGGAUAAGGGAGAUUUGGGAUCGAAGGGAGAAAUAGGUUUAACCGGCGAUAUCGGAGUAAAAGGUGAUAGUGGACCCAAAGGUGAUAAGGGAGAAAUUGGAGUUGGAAACACUGGUGAUGUUGGACCUAAGGGAGAUAAGGGAGAGGUUGGAGUCAAAGGUGAAACUGGAGUUGGAGACCCUGGUCCUAAGGGCGAUAAGGGAGAAUUGGGAUCAAAGGGAGACACAGGUUUAACUGGCGAUAUAGGAAAUAAGGGUGAUAGUGGCACCAAAGGUGACAAGGGAGAUAUCGGCGUCAAGGGCGAAAUUGGAGUUGGAGAACUGGGACCAAAGGGAGAUAAGGGAGAAUUGGGACCAAAGGGAGAUACAGGUUCAUCUGGAGAUUCAGGAAAUAAGGGUGAUAGUGGACCCAAAGGCGAAAAGGGAGAAAUUGGAGUAGGAAACACUGGCGAUGUUGGACCUAAGGGAGAUAAGGGUGAUGUCGGAGUCAAAGGGGAAAUCGGAAUUGGAGACCCUGGACCUAAGGGUGAUAAGGGAGAAUUGGGAUCAAAGGGAGAUACAGGUUUAACUGGCGAAAAUGGAGUUAAGGGUGAAAGUGGUCCCAAAGGUGACAAGGGAGGAACCGGAUUUGGAGACCCCGGACCAAAGGGGGAUAAGGGGGAAUUGGGAUCAAAGGGAGAUCCAGGUUUAAAUGGCGAUAUCGGUGACAAGGGUGAUAGUGGAUCCAAAGGUGAGAAGGGAGAAAUUGGUGUUGGAAACACUGGUGAUGUCGGACCAAAGGGAGAUAAGGGAGAUAUAGGAGAAACUGGUCUAGCUGGCACAACCGGAUUAUCAGGCGAAAAGGGAGACAUUGGACCAAAGGGAGACACCGGAGAAAAGGGAGACAUUGGUUCAUCGAAUGGAAUAAAGGGAGAUGUUGGCCCCCAGGGAGAUAUCGGACCCCCAGGGGAAACAGGCCCGAAGGGAGAUAUUGGACCAUCGGGACCUAGGGGACCAUCUGGUUUAAAUGGAACAAAAGGAAACAAGGGUGGCAUUGGACCAACUGGCUCUAAAGGCUCAUUAGGGCAGUUGGGUCCCUCUGGGGCCAAGGGUACUACAGGACAAGCUGGAGCGACUGGUCCCACUGGGUCAAAGGGUUCUACAGGAAAAACUGGCGCUGUAGGUCCUGCUGGACCCAAGGGGGCCAAGGGCUCAACUGGAGCUAAGGGAGACAGAGGGGCGACGGGAUAAUUCAAAUGCGACGAUCUUGCUUUGAUUUUUUUGUGUUUAACGUAAACAUGUACUUGA